AAUGUUAUGUAUGAUUUUCAACAACUAUUUAUCGAAAUGUAGCAGAACAGCGGAGGGAGAAAAUACGACCUACGAGGUCGUGAAUAAUCGCUUCUCUCCUUUACAGAAAGCUUGGAUUUCAAGUCUCGACUCUGCUAUACGAUUCAGGAUCAGUCUAGAUUUGCAGACCGAUCGGAGCCUCCAAUGGGAGACCUGAAAUCGGCAAUGGGCGAGCACAUGGAUCAAAUGGCAGAUCUCGUCGAGAAACUCACCGCCGAGCUUCGUUCUGGUCUUCGACCUGCUUACGACAACUUCCUUGGCUUCUUCCACGCCAUUGAUUGGACGGAGCCUUGGCUAAUGUGCUUGAUGCUGUUCCAUUUUGUGUUGCUACUGAUAGUAAUUAUGUCAAGGAAGAAUAUCAACUUCCAGAUGUGCUUGUUUCUACUUGCAUUGGCUGGUGUAUAUUUUGCUGAGACACUCAAUAGUGUUUUGAGAGACAACUGGAAAAGCUUUGCAGGCCAGGAUUAUUUUGAUCCGCGUGGACUCUUUCUCUCUGUGCUAUGGUCUGGGCCUCUUCUUGUCAUUGCCAUCAUAAUAUUGGUGAACACCCUCUUCUCUCUAUGCCAUCUGAUUGUCAGGUGGAAAAAAGCUGAGCUUCGACACCGUGCUAGACUUUCACGUAACAAGGAGGAUUGAUUUGCUCUUCUGCUGCUUCACUAACCAAAGAAUUCCCGACUUUGAAGUGCAGCUUCUAAAGCCGGAUCCAUUUUGUUUCUUCCUUAUUUGUCUAGGUUGCAACUCUAGUGACAUAGUUUACUUUAAACACUGGAAUUAACCGGGCCACCUUGUGUUUUUAAUUAUUUUUGUGUCUUAUCUAUCAGUAAGUAUAAACCAUGUCUUGCUUUGGUUGCUUGAUUACAACAAAUCAUUUGAGCAGAUACUUAGCAUUGCGUUGUCGUAAUGAUUUAGGCUUUUGUAUGUGACGAACAUACAUAGCAAUAGCAUUUCUGGGCUUCUGUUACUGUCA